UUCCUGUCACCUUCUUGGUGCUUUUCGUUCUGUUAGGAUGUCUCCGCUUCUGCCUGUGCCGUAAUGCUGGUCCUCGUGGUAGACGAGAAGGUAGAAAACUGUGUUGCGGUUGCUGUCCCGGUGUUGGUUCUUCAAGAAAUAGUAGAAAACUACAAGGUCAGGGCGUGAUAGAGGACCAGGACGGCCUGUCCUCCGAGCAGCGGCAACUUCUUCUACCACAAACACCCUUGCACCAAACGAAAAGCACACAGAAGACGAACAUAGUCCUACAACGAUCCGGUGGCUCAUCUACUGCGAAGAAGAGCAUAGGCCGUUCGGAUAGCGGUCUACUCAGCAAAACAGUCGAUUCCCGAGAAAAGCCGCGACGUUCCUGUUGUAGCUGUUUCACCGCUAUGUUUCUCUGUGGAUGUGCCUUCCUAUUGUACCAAAGUUCAGGCGGAGCCUUUCUGCGUGGACGAGCAGCUGCCUUCCGGUAUCACGUGCGACCAGGCCAGUGGUAUCAUAUCCGUGUGGACACAUUACAGUGCAUGCUUGCAAAAGCAGGGUUAGGUACGUGGACACAACAGCUUGUCGACUAUACACGUGGUGACCGUUAUCGAGCUCUUUGCGCCAAGCUUAGAAGAAGUGAUCGUUCCUGUACUGGAGAUGGUAGGGAUAUGUGGUUACGAGUACAGUUUGCGGAUUGCAGAACAUCUACUGCUGGAGAUACAACAACUACAGAAGAUCAUGUUGACAACCUUCUUGGCAGAACGAGUGACGAGGAGCAAGCGGAUGAAGAAGUUGAGGAUCCAGCCUUUGAUCAACAGCUUCAGGCACAAGCUGCAGAAGAGCAACACUUGGUCUCUCUGGACCGUGCUGUGCAACUCGCGACGAAACUACUUCAUGACCGGUCUAUGCAGAGAGAGAUAACAGUUUCAGGAGGCCAAGACCAUGUCCAUGCGACCACAAAUGCAGCACUUGAAGUAGAUCGUUUCGUUGCUAAGUUACAGAUUGGUGAUGGAGGUGACAGGAGUGGAACUACCGGAAACAAACUUGGUGCUGUCUGGGUGGAUAUCCUAGAAGAUAGUGCAGCAAAUGAACUUGAUGAUAUCGCAGAAGUUCCACUUCCAGACGACGCGGAUGGAGGAGCAACAAGAACUUCUCCCAUAAGAAGUGCAACUACAAGAACUACUGCUGACCCUUCACAGUUGGCAGUAGCGCGUGCUCGCCUCGUUGCCGGUCUACUUCGAUACCAACGAGAAAGCAGUGCAGUUGGCUUUGCCUAUAUCGUGGCGCAACAUUUUUUCGUCUUCUUCUU